AUGGGGGUGGAUAAAAAGUAAGUACAUAUAGUUAUGGUAAUUGUACUCACUGUACUGCGCAAAUUAUGUAAUAAAUGCUCCGUAUCUAAUUUAUGCCGAAGUGAUUUCAGAAUUUUGUAAUAGAAGCCCCUCUCUAUCCCACUCGACUCUAUACCUGCAGAGUCGUGAAUUCAUUAAACACUUAUUAGUGCAAGACAAGUUUCGUGAAUUAAAUUAUGACAUGCUAUUCCACUAUUCCAAACCUAGUUUUAAUUCCAAACCCAGUUUUAAGUAACGAAACGUAGAAGUUCUGCUCAUAUUUCUAUAAGUUGUAGUUGUAUCUCUCUACACCGCAGCUGUUUGAAUUUAAUAUAAGGUUAGCAAGACUUUAUCAGGGUAGAACAAUUUUAAUCAACUACAGUACUUCUUGAAAUGCUAGCGUUAUACAUGGUGCUCCCCUCCCCCCCCCCCAGCGGCGGCGGAACAAAUUUCAUUCUGGGGGGGGCUAAAUUUUUUUUCGCGUGACCUCCCCCCCCCGUCGCCAAAAAAAUUUCGGUCAGUGUACCAUUUUAGGGGUAGAAACAUUUUUCCGACAUAUACAAGAAAAGAGAUUAAAAAAAUUUUUCCGGAAAUACAAAAUUUUUAAACAAAAUAUUGCUAAUUUUUCCCCUUGUACCUAAAUUUUCAAAAAAUAACCUCAAUUUUUCCUUAAUUUUCACAAUUUUUUCAGAUAAAACUAAAUUUUCUGGGGGGGGGCUACCCACUUUUACUUCUGGUUUCUUCUGUCCCCCGGUUCCGCCGCCCCUGCCCCCCCCCGAAAGAAACAACCCCAAAACAAGGGAACCCAUCUAAAUUAAUUAUGCAUCUGGUCAUUGCAAUGACCAACUACAGUAAAUUAUAUACAGUAGUUUGAUGACUUUGAUACCAAAAGCCCAGACAACGUUUGAAUAUCCCAAAGAGUUUUAAUUAUUAAUUUCACUUGUCAUAUACAGUGUGGCGAAUUUCAUGAAUGUCACCAGUCGACUCGUAUUACACUUAUUUACUUGCGCGCUUGAGCUUAAAUUUCUUAAAGUGCGCGAACAGUUAGCGAUGAGGGCUUCUGUCGAGUCGACUUGUCGCUCUUGUAAAAUCGAUAACAUAUUAAUAUCUUCUAGCUAUGAGUGGAGGAAACUUGGCUCCGAGCGCAAGUUUCAAAAAGCUGCGAUGGUCUACAAAUCACUUAAUGGGCUAGCUCCCGACUAUUUGCGGCCCACAUAUGUGGACUGCAGCAGCAUAAAGCGCAAGCUAACUGUUCCUAUGGCCCGUACCUUAUUUAUAUUUGAGUUACUUCCAAUUUAGGAAUUCCCAUAGCGAGACGGAGAAAAGACGUCGGGAUAAAAUUAACCAGCAUAUCAAUGACUUAUCCACACUGAUUCCUUUACCUCCAUCAGUGGACAAGAAACCUGAUAAACUGACAGUUUUGAGAUUUGCAGUUGAACAUAUGAAAGCUUUGCAAG